AUGGGUGGCUAUGCGGGAGAAGCCGUGAGUCUUCUGAAGCGCUGCCGAUCAAAAGGAGAUCAGGACCCGCUUGUGCUGGAGGGACAGUGCUUUGAGACUCCUUUCUUGAAGCUCCUUCCGGCGCUGAAGCCGGCUUUCCCUGCGAUUGGCGCGCCCCGCGUCUCGUUUCCCGGGCAGCGGCGGAACGUGUCCGGCGGUGCGUCGUAUGCCGGCGUCGGGAAGGCCAUCGCUUUGGUCUGCCUCUCCCGGCACCGAGCGCGCCGCAAUGCAAGCGCCGACGCGGGGCCGGCGCCUCCGACGGAGAUGUUGGAGCCGAAGCGCUUGGCAGUGGAGCUGCAACCGCCGAUGCCGCCCCUGCGACCCCAGGAGGUACUCUUUGGGGCGGUGCCUGGAGAAGACCGAGGGAUGGAGCCUCCCAUCACGCGGACAGACCCCUUCUUCUGGCUGCGGGAUGACGCGCAUCAGAACGAGGAGGUGCAGCAGCUGCUGGAGGACGAGGACGCCUACUGCUGCCGUGCCCUGAGCUCUCUGCAGAGUUUCAGCGAGGAGCUCUACAAAGAGAUGCAGAGCCAUGAGAAGGAGUCUUCCGUGGGCAUCCCCAGCGUCCAGGGCAGCUUCGCCUACUACACCCGAGGCUGCAAGCAGCAGCCCUACGGCAUCCACUUCCGCGCCCGCGUCGGCCAGUCGGGCGCCCCCGUGCCGCAGGACGUGGCGGUGCCUCGAUAUAUGAACAUCGCAAAACGGGCGACAGGCGGAGGAGGCCUCGAGGCCUCUGGUUGCACGGGGGGCUUCUUGGUGCAGCCCAUAGGCCACGGGGUCUCAGCUCUCUCGACUUGGAAAUCCGAGGUCCUGGCGCAGGCGAUCGACUUGCAGCUGGUGGAUGAGGAGUCGGUGUGCGGCCCGGAGCCCAGCGCGGACCACCUCUUCAUCGCCUACGGAGAGGACUGGGAGGGCAACGACAGCUACCGCGUCAGCUUCUCGCUGGGGAAGCGGCGGAGCUUCCACGACACCCGGAAGCCGGAGAUGGAAGAGGCGGAACUUGUGGAAACGGAUGCCAAGAUGAAUUUAGAUGGCUCGGUUCUUUGGGAAGCAGAGGGCCAUGCCGCGGCCUGGGGCCCUGGGGAAAGGGAGCGGGUCCGGCGGCAUGUGGUGGGGAGCCCGCAAUCCGCCGACACGGUGGUGCUGGAAGAGAAGGAUUUCCGGGACGACCGGCGCUUUGCCGUGUCCAUUUGCAAGUCCAGCGAUGAGCGGUUUAUGAUCAUACAGCUUCUCGGCGGGAAUGCGUUUGUGGCACGGUCCGCAUCCAGCGAAACGGCUGAGAGCUACUUGCUGGAUCUGACGGCUCGCAGCGACCUUGUCUCCGUGUGCCCGCGGCAGUUCGGCGUUCACUAUGAGGAAUUCGAAGCUCUGCAGGACGCCUCUGUCGUCAAUCCCAAGCCAAAGUUCCAGCUGGGAAGACGUGUGCACCUGGACUCGCUCCAAAGUUUCGAGAAGUUCCUGGCGCUCACCGGGCGCCAAGAUGGCGCCAGCUGCACCGCGACCCCCAAAGAAGCGGAAGCCGUCAAGUUCCACGGGGAGAUGGCUGUCAGCAGAUCUUUCGUCCACACGCCCCGCACGCGCGCGGCCGCGCAAGCCCUCUUCUCCGUGAGCCUGGGCCAGAACGAUCACUUCAAGACGGACACACUGCGGGUGCACUACACCUCGUACAUCGUGCCUGGCCGCGACUACGCCUACCACGUGCCAACGCGGGAGUUCAAGCUCAUCAAGGAGUCGGGUCCUGAGCGCUACAACCCCUCCCUCUACCGUGCGGAGCGGAUCACCUCCAAGCACCGGCAGGUGCCGAUUUCCCUGGUCUACAGGGCUGACCUGCACCCGCAAGGUCUCAAAGGAGGACCUUUCCCAACGAUCCUCACAGGCUACGGCGCCUACGGGGCCUGCCAAGAUCCAGGCUUCGACUCCAACCUCCUGUGCCUCUUGGACCGCGGGGUGGUCUACGCGGUGGCCCAUGUGCGCGGAGGCGGCGAACUGGGCCGGGAGUGGCGAGAGGAGGGCCGGUACCUCAAGGUGAAGAAUCGCUUCCACGACUUCAUCGCCGCCGACGCGGACACGCUGCUGGCGCUGGGCAUCUCCCAGCGCUCCACGCUGGCGGCCUGGGGGGAGUCCAGCGGUGGCCUGCUGGUGGCGGCGGCCGUGAACCUCCGCCCGGAGCUCUUCAAGGCGAUGUUGCUCUACGUGCCUUUUGUGGACGCAGUGAACACCAUGAGUGACCCAUCGAUCCCGUUGACCUGCGGGGAAUGGGAAGAGCUGGGCAAUCCCAACCAGAGCGAGACCUUCUACUACAUGCUGGAGUACAGUCCCUACGACAACCUCCGCAUGCACGACUAUCCGGCCGCUUUGGUCACAGCCUCCCAGAACGACACCAUGGUGGGCUACUGGGAGCCCUUGAAGUAUGUCUCCAAGCUGCGACGCAUCAAGACCGACAAAAACCCGGUCUUGCUGAAGGUGGACUUCCACGCGGGGCACGGGGGUGCCUCCAACAAGGCCAAGUCCAUGCGGGAGCAGGCGCAGCAUUUCGCCUUCUUGCUGGACCAGCUUGGCGUGUGA